AUGUCCUCCCUCUCAAACGGCUGCCGACGCUGGGGAGUCAACGAUCGGCGUUGUAGGCGGUGUGGUCAACACGACGAGACCACCGCCCACGUGCUCUGCCACUGCACCUCCAGCCUCGCUACUGGCAUCACGCGAAGACACAACGCCGUCCAAGAUCUCCUCGUCGCUGCCAUCAGACCUGCGGAGGGAGUUGAGGUCCGCGUGAACCAGCGGGUGCCCCUACAAGCGCUGCUCCAAGGCCGAGACGAUUUCCCGGAGGAGAUGGUGCGCUGCCGUCCGGAUGUGGUGAUGAUCGACGCCCACAACAAGAUCGUCAAGAUCGUCGACAUCGCCGUUCCGUACGAGGACGGCUGGCGGGCCAUCGAAGCUGCGCGGGAGAGGAAGCUGGACACCUAUGGACCACUCGCCCGGAUGCUGACGGCCGGAGGAUACAAGACUUCCGUGGAUGCCUUCGUCGUCGGCUCCCUGGGUGCGUGGGACAGCGCCAACUGGGGGACCCUGGCACGCCUCGGGGUCCACCGUAGAUACGGCAUAUCCCUCUCCCGUCGCUGCGUCUCCGAGGCCAUUCGCUGGAGCCGGGACAUAUAUGUCACUCAUGUGUCCGGCGUCCAGCAGUGGCAAGACUGA